UUUGUUUUUAUUCUGUAAAAUCCUUGCAGAUUUUCGCUAGUGUAAACAAGAUCGUGCAAAUCAGCUCGUAGAAGAAUUCACUCGAACGUAGAUCCCUAGGAGAAAAAUCCUGCAUUUACACAAGCAAAUCCUGCAUUUACCAGGCAAAUCCCAAAAAAUCCUGCAUUUUCGGAUUUACCAAAGCGAAUCAAUAGCAGAUCGACCAAAAUUUCACUCGCCUAUAUAACCACCACGUACGUCCAACCAUACGACACACGCCUCAAACAAUCGAGCUAGCACUAGUACUAUUUUCUUCUCCACGAUCAUCACCAAGAAAAUGGCCAUGGCCAGUCCUAGCACUGCUCUCCUCCUCGUUGCGGCCGCCCUCCUCUUGGCGUCAUGCUGCCACGCAUCGCCAUUACCACCGCACGCCAUCUCAGGCGGCGAGGCGAAGAAGGUGGCGGACGUCGUGCCGGCGGAGACGGACCCGGCCAAGUGUGAGAUGAUGGUGCCGUGCGACGGGGAGAAGUGCACCGAGCACUGCGUCCGCAUAGGGCUGGGCAACGCGAGGGGCUUCUGCUCCUUCCACGACUUGCACUUCGAGUGCUGCUGCCCCAUGCCGCCGCCCCUGCGCUCGCGCCGCCUCUCCUCCUCCGGCUCGGUUUAGAUAAACUAGCAAGGAAGCUCUUCACCCGUGCGGGUAAGAGAUGGAUCCCUCGUCCGUGUGUGCUUGCAAGCGUGGUGUGGACAGAGAUCGGAGUACACGCGUCGAUCAGCAAUAAAGUUUGUUCUGGCCUUCUGGGGCAGUGCAGAUAUGCGUCUUGUGUUUGCAAAACAAAAAGAAACUAAGAAACUUUUGAAUGUUCUUGCCAAAAGAAUAA